AUGGAUCGAAAUGAUUGUACAUCUCAGUGUUGUCUUAUAAACAAUGAGAAUAACACUUCUAUUAGGGAUCAUUUAACAAAUAGUGCAAAUCAUACACAGUCACUGAGUGGUGUCAGUAAUAAUAAUAAUAAUAAUAAUAAUAAUAAUUUAACUAAUGAAGAGGUUGAUGAUUGUUUAACUACGGUUAAUAUGUUGAACUCAAGAACUACCGAUGCCAACAAGGAAUACGAUGAACAGCUCAAUGAAUUACAAACGAAUUCAAUUGCCCAGUUAUCUAUGGACAUUUCAGAGCCAUUAUUAAAUUUAAUUUUGACCGCAAACCAGCAAGAACAACCUGUAAUAAACUCGUCGAUUUUAUCAAGUUUGGAUAUCAGUCAAUUAACUGCUUCAUAUAGUAAUGACGAUAAUAAUCAUAACAACAAUAAUGUCAAUAGUGAGGAAGAUGUAUUGUUUAUUGAUUCAAGUAAAUAUCUUAAUACUAGUGAACAGUUAAUGCCUCAUGAGGAUGUUGAUCUAGAAUCUACUCAUUUCAGUGAACCAAUCUCUUAUGGUGGUGAUGAUGAAGGGGAAUAUGGUGAUGGCGACUCUGAGAACAACAAUAACAAUGAUGAAGGUGGUGUUGACGAGGUAGAAAAAAUAGACGAUGAUGAUGACGAAGUGGAUGGAGAUGAUGGUGGUGAUGUUGGUGAAGAUGAUAAUGUAGAACAAACGGAUAAUGAUGAAGAUAAUGUUGGUGAUAGACAACAAAAUUCCAUGUCGAAAUUUCAUAACUAUACAAAAUCGAAUAAUGAUAUGGAUAAUAGUUUAAUUGAUGAUAAUGACGACGUUGAACAAAUUAGACAAACUAUACAUGAUUAUGACACAGUAUCACAAACAUCGGAGAUUCUCUCGGAUCAUGACAGCUUGCAAUCGAGUAUUGAUUCAAAUAAAUUAUUGUUGUUAAAAAGUAAAUUUAUGAAUAAACCGAAAAAUUCAUUAAGUGUUAUAGAUUCAAUUAAGGCAUUGAAAAGUCAAAAGUCAACUAUUGCUGCGACUACAACAAUUACUACUCCGAAUACUAAUAAUGCUAUUAUACCAAUGAUAGAAUAUAAGUGUAAUCUUAUAACGGAUGUUGGUAAUGAUAUAAACUCAAGUUAUGAUGAUUAUGAAUAUCAUGCUAGAAAUAGGAAUACAAUUGAGGAGCUUUUAAAACUGCCUGGUCUACGAUCUACGAAUGGUAGUAUUAGUAAUAAUAGUAAUAACAUCAGUAAUAAACGAAAGGUAAACCAAACCUCACGUCAUCCAUUAUGGUUUAAAUUAUCUACAAAGGAUAAACCAAAAUUACAGUUCAGUGAGGCAUCAACGAGUCGGUUCAAUAAUGACAAUAAAUUACAAUGCAAUUUCAAAGAACAAAAACCAUUUUCUAUUAUUCCAACACAGAUGAUAGACAACACACAUAAUACUAGCAGUAAUAAUAAUUGCAAUAACAAUGAACUAGAUAUGGACUCUUCACCUAGAUCAAUUUUUAGCGAAAAGUUGAAUGGAUGUCAAUCCUCUUCAAAUUAUCAACCGGGAAUAGUUAGUAAAUCAAGUUGGGAAAGAAAAACCAAAGAUCCCAAUAUUUGCAGUGACAUUACUUUAAUUCAUCCUAAGUUAUGUGCUUCAUCAUCGUCAUCCUUGUCAUCCUCACAUUCGUCAUCGUAUGGAAAAACAAUAUCAGAAAGUUAUUUAUUGAGGAAUAAAAACUUUAAAAGUUUAUCCAAUCGUCGUUUAACUGAUUUUAGUCAUCACUAUCAUCAUGAACAUUCUCAACGAUCUCAGUGUAGUAAGUUAAAACCUUUACCUCGAUAUCAUAAAGACAAUAUGAGACCAUUGUCAUUGGUAACAACUGAUCAAGUUCCAUCCUGUAGUAAUCAUACAUCAUCUUAUGUAUCUUCUAAAUGUAAACAAUCUAAUCAAUUAAGUGGAAAUGGUCUACAAAAAGAACUAUUAACUAAUAGGUCUAUUACAAUCAACUUUCAUCAUUGUCACCGUCGAUAA